UUCGAUACAGCCUCAUUGAAAAAACAUCUGCACUGAUACAGUCGCGUCUCUUUUGUAUGUAUGUACUGUGAUAAGGAUGUCGUAUUUGUUUUUUUUUUACAAAUUUCACUUUGACAUUCGUAAAAGAAAGAAAGAAGUUGUACAAAGAUCGCACGGCAAAGAAAAUCUUAUUUUUUUUUAAAAACAAUUUUAAAACAAUGAAUAAUAUUCUGUACGGUGGAUAUGAAGGUUCCGAAGAAGAUGUGUGUGAAGGUGCCAAAUCUUUGGGAGAAGCAUUAUUAAAUAAACUGCGUGCAGCUGGACAAAGAAUUGUUUUGAUUGAUGGAAUUACCGGUGAAGAGAUUAGCGCACAUAAAUUGCUAUCGAAAGCAGUAUGUUUGGCACGAUAUUUACAAGAAAAUGUUGGCAUUAAAUCAGGCGAUAUAAUUUCAAUUUGUAGUGAAAACCGGAUUGAAUUUGCCAUUACGAUUCAUGCGACACUUUUUCUUGGUGCCACAAUCGCUGCACUCAAUCACGGCUACGUUGAAUAUGAAAUGACUCAUGCAAUAAAUUUAUCAAAGCCACGAUUAAUUUUCGCAUCAUCGACAAAUUUUAAAAAAAUCGCUACUGUUUCACAAAAACUUACAUUUGUUGAACAAAUAAUUUUUUAUGGUAGUGACAAUUGUACAAAGGGGCAUCCAAAUGCAAUAUCAUUCAAUCAAAUUACCACUUGUCAUUUGACCGAUUCACAGUUAGACACCUUUAAAUGUGAACCACAAAAUGUAAAAGAAAAUGUUGCAUUGAUUAUGUGCUCAUCGGGUACAACUGGAUUACCAAAGGGGGUGCAACUGACUCAAUUCAAUCUUUUCAUUGCAAAUGUUCAAUUCCAUGAACGCUUGAGAUCUCAAGAAAUUCCGACAACCAGAGAAGAAAUUGUUUUGGGUAAUCUUCCAAUAUUUCAUGCUUACGGCAUGUCAACGUAUAUUGUUCGAUUUCUUGGUCGAAGAACGCACAUCGUAAAAACGAUUUUAAUGUCACGAUUUAACGAAGCAGAGUUUUUGGUAAUAAUUCAGAAAUACAAAGUGACGACUACGUAUUUAGUGCCGCCCAUUAUGGUUCUUCUGGCAAAAUCGGCAUUGGUUACAAAAUAUGAUCUCAGCUCAUGGCAUACAGCCAUUUGUGGUGCUGCACCACUUGGUAAGGAAACUGAGACUGAAGUGAAACAGCGAAUCGGUUUGAAAAUUGUACGACAAGGUUAUGGCAUGACCGAAGGCACUUUUGCAUACUGUGUACAAGAUGAUGAACGUCAUACAAACGGUUCAGUUGGUGUAUUGUUAAAAGGUCUUUUUGGGCGUGUUGUUGAUUUGAACACUGGAAAAUCUUUGGGCCCGAGACAAGAAGGGGAAAUUCAUUUCAAAGGACCAAAUAUCAUGAAAGGUUAUAUUGGUAAUAAGAAAGCCACUGACGAAACAAUUGAAGCUGAUGGUUGGUUACAUACCGGUGACAUUGGUUAUUAUGAUGAAAAUGGCGAGUGGUAUGUGGUUGAUCGUCUCAAAGAACUUAUAAAAUACAAAGCAUUUCAAGUGCCACCGGCUGAAAUCGAAGCACUGCUACUAACACAUCCGGGAAUCAGAGAUGCGGCUGUUAUUGGUGUGCCAAAUGAAUUGGCGGGAGAAAUGGCAUUUGCAUUUGUCGUUAAACAAACGAAUGCUGACAUCAAUGAAAAAGAUGUCAUCAAUUACGUUGCAGAGCGGCUAUCAAACCCAAAACGUCUUCAUGGUGGCGUGAAAUUCAUCGAUGAAAUACCCAAGAAUCCAAGCGGAAAAAUUUUACGUCGAGUUCUACGCGAUAUGAUUAAAACACACAAGUCCAAAUUGUAAAUUUUAGAAAUUAACAAUUGCAUUGAUGGCAUUUCUAUGGAAUAUGGAUGUUAUUAUCAUUCAAACGAA